CUUCCGCUCCCACCAUCUUGCCGUGAGACAGCAGCAAGCGGGGAACUGGUGGAUUUGGAGCAACGAUGCUGUCGACCGCUGGUUACGUUGACCCUGUGUUCGGGUUGCCCAGAGAGAUCAGAGAGAGCUCUGCGGUGCAACGUCGCUUCUCUCCGUAUACUUUCAAUGGCGGGACCAUAUUGGCAAUUGCUGGUGAAGACUUUGUUGUUGUCGCUUCAGACACCCGACUGAGUGAAGACUACGCAAUUCAUAGCCGGGACAGCCCUAAAUGUUACAAGCUGACAGAUACAACAGUUAUUGGCUGCAGUGGAUUUCAUGGAGACUGUCUUACCCUUACUAAAAUCCUCGAAGCAAGAUUGAAAAUGUACAAGCAUUCCAAUAAUAAGAUCAUGACUUCAGGAGCAAUUGCAGCCAUGCUUUCUACAAUCCUGUACUCACGACGCUUCUUCCCUUAUUAUGUUUACAACAUAAUUGGUGGAUUGGAUGAGGAAGGGAAAGGUGCGGUAUACAGUUUUGAUCCAGUAGGAUCUUACCAGAGAGAUAGUUUCAAAGCUGGUGGAUCAGCUAGUGCUAUGCUGCAACCUCUGCUGGACAAUCAGGUUGGCCUCAAGAACAUGCAGGGUGUGAAACAAUUGCCUUUGUCCUUGGAAAAGGCUUUGCAGCUGGUAAAGGAUGUCUUCAUUUCUGCUGCAGAAAGAGAUGUUUAUACAGGAGAUGCACUAAAGAUCUGCAUUAUCACAAAAGAUGGAAUUAAAGAAGAAAGCUUUCCACUGAGAAGAGAUUAAUCGCUGCACCAUUCAGUUAAAAUGCUUGAUCUCUAACAGUCAUUUUUAUGCAGAUUGUUUACAGGUAGCAUGUUAACAUUUGAUAAAUUAAAAUAAGGGGAAAAAUUGAUGCUUCAUGUGUAAUGUUUCAUGACAUGUUCUACAAAUAGAAUUUGGGUUAUGUGACCUCAGCUUAUGGAGAGAAUCUAUUCAUUUGUACAAUCUACAAGUUUAUUAUUUGAUGCAGAAUACAAAGAAUUUCUUAAACAUCCCAGGGUUCAUUCCUUGUGUAUUUCUAUAGGCAAGCUGAUUGGGGAUUCUGGAAAUUUCAACAUUUCUAGAAGUUACAUUACCUAAAAGUAGCCAUGUGAAUGAAGUUAAAUGCAUAUCUAUAUAUAAUAUGCAUUUUUUAAAAAAUGAAAUAGUAGCAGUUGAGGAACUGACAUUUCUUGGUACCAAUUAUUAAAAAAAUAAGAUGGAUGAUGUGUAAUUUUCCUGUCAGCAUUAUACAGUAGAAGUGAGGAUUUUUUUUAACUGCCUUGCCCUGUCUAAAGUCCUGGAAUUCCCUACCGGGCUUCUAAUUAAGUACUAGCUUCUAAGCAUAGAUACCAACCAUAUGAUGCCACAUAGCAUAAAUGCAAUAUAUGUUAAUGUAUUUGAUUGGCUGAAAAUAUAUUUUAACAUCUCUAAUAC